AUGUUCAGCCCUUACAAAGGCGACCCUCUUUCGUGGAUGACCGGACUGGACUUAUCGUCGAACAGGAUCGAUGGCCUUAUCCCCCCGGAGGUGGGACAGCUGAAGGGGCUUAGAUCGCUGAACCUAUCGAACAAUUUCCUCCGAGGUUCUAUCCCGGCGUCACUGGGCGAUAUGGACGACUUGGAAAGCUUGGACCUUUCGCACAACGAUCUGAGCGGUGAGAUCCCUCGUGAAUUAGUCCGACUCCACUUCAUUUCCAGUUUUAGCGUCGCCUUCAAUAACUUGUCGGGCGUGAUCCCCUAUGAGAAACAGUUCUCAUCCUUUUCAAGGAAGAGUUAUGAAGGGAACCAAGGGUUAUGUGGUCUUCCGCUGGAAAUAGACUGUCCCGCCGAUCGGCAAGAAACACGAGAGAUCGGGGCAGGUAAAGACAAGUCCGCAAGGUUGGAAGAUGGCAUGUUUUACUCUUUUCUGGCUAUGUCGGUUGGCUUGGGGUUUUGGGGAUUUCUCGGCAUGCUUUUACUCAAUAGGCGGUGGAGGAUGAGAUACUUCAACGCCAUUGAUGGGUAUUUUGACACGUACGUGGAGAGCUUUCGGACUGAUGGUACACAUUCCUAG